AUGCUGUCCGCAUUGUAUGUCUUGGCCGGGGCGGCCCUGGCAUACGGUGCCUUGACUUACUUCAAUGGCUUGCGCUCUCACAUUGCGGCUGCGAGGCGGUCAGGACUGCCAUAUGUUGUUACUCCUAUAUCGCCGUUUAGCCAUUAUUGGCUGCUGAUGUUUUGGAUAUGGACGCCCAUCAUCAAGACCCUACCCAAGUCCUGGUGGGAGAGCUGGAUAGAACCACCAAUUAGCAUCAUGCAACCUGACUGGUCAUAUCGCCUUCUCCGAGAGCCUUGGAAUCGGCUCGGCGAUACCUUUCUGGUGGUAACACCAUUCAAGACCAUCAUGUGGACAUCUAGCGCAGAAGCCAUUCACCAGGUUACGGCUCGGCGCGAAGCCUUCCCCAAGGAAACCUCAGCCUAUGAGAUCCUGGCCAUCUUCGGACGGAACAUGCUCACGACCGAGGGUGCUGAGUGGAAAAUGCAUCGCAAGGGGGUGUCGCCCAGCUUUAACGAGCGAAAUGCCGCUUACAUCUUCGGCGAGUCAAUCCAUCAGACACAGGGCCUGAUCUCGCACUGGAUGGGAGAUGAUGCAGAACACAAGCAGAGGAUCAGUAGUGCGACCAUUGACACCGUUGAGCACGACACCAUGACUCUUGCCCUGAACAUCAUAGCUCAUGUUGGUUUUGGACUUAGGUUCUUUUGGCCGGGCCAAAAGUUGCCUGAUGACCUGAGUGUGCAAAACAAGAAGUAUGCCAGUUUCGAGCCUCCAAAGGGCCAUUCUUUGACGUUUGUGGACUCACUGGCAACGGUCCUCGAGAGAAUUCUUUUGCUCCUGCUCCUUCCUCAGUGGCUUCUGAAUUAUCUUCCAUUCAAGGCCACCAAGGAGGCGCUAGUCGCUUACAAGAACUACGACACGUAUAUGCAGGAGUUUCUGGAGGACAAGAUCGAGGAGGCUCACAGGGGCGCCAGCAGUGAUGGUAUGGACAUCAUGGGCCAACUAGUACGAGCCACGUACGGCGGCAAGGGCAAGAACGAGAAGAAGGCAGACGAACCACUGAAGAUGUCCGACGCGAUGAUCAAGGGCAAUGCCUUUAUCAUAAUCGUCGCCGGCCACGAGACGACGGCCAACACCCUGCACUUCACCCUAAGCGAGCUCGCCAACAACCCAGCGGCACAGCGCGCCCUGCAGGCAGACGUGGACCGCCUCUUCGGGCGCGACAGCGACCCGCAGACGUGGAACUACGAGAAGAACAUCAACGCGCUAUGCGCCUCAAACGUCGCGGCCUGCAUGAACGAGGCGCUGCGGCUCAUCCCCUCGGUCGUCGACAUCCCGAAGCACGUCAGCCCGGGCCAGGACCAGGCCAUCACGCUCAACGGGAACAAGCACGUGCUGCCGGAGAAGACGAUGAUCGUCCUGAACACGGUCGGCGUCCACCGGAACCCGAGGUACUGGCCGACGAAGCAGAAGGGCGGGGCCGCCGGGGAAGAGAACGACCUGGACGAGUUCCUCCCCGAGCGGUGGUACCGCCCCUCGCUGACAAAGGCGGCGGAGGCGCAGGAGGACGACGAGGCCGAGGACUUUGGCGGGUUCAAGGGGCGCGACACCAGCGAGCAGCUAUACAGGCCGGUGCGAGGCUCGUUUGUCCCAUUUAGCGACGGUGCCCGCUCAUGCUUGGGCCGACGGAUCGCGCAGGUCGAGAUGCUGGCCGCGCUCGCCGUGUUGUUCCAGAAGUACAGCGUCGAGCUUGCGGUCGACGAGUGGGCGUCGGACGAGGAAGUUGCGGGCAUGACGCUGGAGGAGAGGAAGGAGGUGUACGAGAAGGCGAGGACCAAGUCCAGGGACACCAUUAGGCAGGCGACGUCGGUAUUGACGCUGAAGCUGCACGGGAAGCUCAAGGUUCCUGUGCGGUUGGUCAAGAGAGGGGAGGAGAGCUUCCUGCGCGGCCAGCGCAAGUCAGACCUGCUCGAGUUGGCCGAGACUGUUGGUCUGCAAAACACCGACGGCCUCAAGAAGAGUGAUCUCGAGGUCGCGCUCGACGACUUCCUCGCUGAGAACUCGAACCAGUUCAGCAAGAACCCCGCAACCCUGCCUUACUACCAGGCACGCGCUCGCGCAAUAGGUUCACCAGUAAAGAAGGAAGCACCGCCUCCUGCUGAGGCCCCCAAGACCGCGAAGCGAAGGGCUGCGAAGGCAGCUGAGCAGAACAUCGCCGCCACUGCCGGAGAUGAUUCUGAACUCGCCUUGACCUCCGCAACACCGGGUCGCGCCCUGUCCCUUGCCCGGCGCAUCCCGCUCCCCGCGUCGCCGGCUGACGUUGCCCGGGUUGUCGACGAGCGCACCGUCGCGCUCCGAGAGCGCGUCGUGACCCUUUAUGAGGACUCUGGCGUCAAGGAGGUCGCAUACAACACGCGCGACUCGCUGUCCACUGUCAACUCGAUCCUGUUCUGCAUCAACGCGUUCGAGCUGUACCACUUGCGGAAAGAAAUCCUCUCAGACCGAUAUGCUUUCACCAUCCCGGCCAUCGCGGCGCUGGGGACGUCGGACUACCCUGUCGAGGUUCCCGACAUGUUUCUGUUGCUGACGAGCUCGUUCUGGAACCCGGCGCUGCUCUGGGCUUUCACAAGCGUGGUCGUGCCCGCGUUCUUCGGUUUCUACUUUAACCUCUCGGCCGCGCACUCGCAGCCUGGCCGCGGGAGGAGGAGCAGCUCUCAGCCAGAGAACGUCAUUGACCCCUUGACCUUCAGCAUCGCUAAGGCGGUCAUUACGUACGUGGUCUACCAACAGGGUGUCACCUUUGGUGGCUGGGUUGACCAAACGUCCGUGGCACGCAUCAACUCGGCCGUCUACGGAGGCUGGAAGGGCGUCAUUGUUGGCGCCGCAAUCACCGGCAUUGCGAGCUUUUACGACGCCGUUUUGCGCAAGUAG